AUGGUCACCACUUUGUUCGCAUUCGAGACUGAAGAUCACUUAGCAUUGCUUGGAUUCAAGAAUGGAGUUACUUAUGAUCCUUCUGGAGCUCUUGAUUCUUGGAAUGAUAGAGUUUAUUUCUGCAACUGGACUGGUAUCUCUUGCUCUCGCAUGCACAAAGGUAGAGUUACCUCUAUCAACCUCUCCAUGUUGGGCCUGGGAGGCUUCAUAUCACCCUCCAUUGCCAAUCUUAGCCUCCUGAACAACAUUGAGCUCUCUCUCAACGAAUUCUCCGGCGAGGUCCCACCGGAGUUUGGUCGCCUGCACCAGCUGCGGUACCUGAACCUAAGCUUCAAUGCGCUUCAUGGCAUGAUCCCAGUAAGUUUGAUCAACUGUUCUCAACUCAGAUUUCUCGACUUGUUUGGCAACCAGCUCAAUGGUUCUAUCCCUGUUGUGCAUGGUGGAACUCUCCCCAAGCUCAAGGUCCUGGUUUUAUCCAAUAACAGUCUCACUGGAGUCAUUCCAUCAUCCAUUGGGAACCUUUCUUCUCUAGUUCAACUCCGUUUGGCAGUAAAUCAUAUACAAGGAAUUAUCCCUGAAGAACUUGGCAGACUGUCAAACUUUGAUCAUUUUCAGGUGUCCUGGAACUUGCUCCAUGGGACAAUCCCUUCAGUUUUGUUCAACAUUUCAUCUAUGAGCUUUAUAAGCGUUGCAGGCAAUCAGCUCCAUGGUAGGCUUCCUUCAAGUUUAGGUACCAAGCUUUCUAAACUCACAUCCUUUUACAUUGCCCGAAACAUGUUUACCGGAGCCAUCCCUGCUUCACUGUCCAAUGCUUCUCUUCUAGAGACAAUUUAUAUUUCAAGUAACCAGUUUAGUGGGACAGUGCCUCCAAUUUUUUUGGAGGGAUGCAUGGUCUUCAUGACCUCAAUUUAG